AUUCGGUCUUUACAAUUACUCUAAAAAGUGUUGAUGCUUUCUGUAGUCAAUCACAACCACCACCAACCAAACAGAAAUUUUAGAUAUUUUAUUUGUGUGCAAUAAGUAUAGUAUCAAUUAAAAAUAAGUUAAUUAUGUGAUGAAUUUAUAAAUGGCGGCUGGAAAUUCCAUUUAGAAAGGAUUGUCUACAAAUGGAUGUGUCCCGUGGUCGAAAAAAACUUACAACCUGCAUAAUCAGCUGUCAGUGAGGAAAGAUCAUCUGUCUCUGUAAAUAUAAAAGCUAAAACAAUCAUAACACGAUUAUGACCAGUGAGAGUUAGUAAUGAAGUGAGCUAUUGUUGUAUGAUGUGAACCUGAUGCGAAGCUCGUUGGGACGCGACUUUAAAGACAGAUAUGGGAUGAUAACCUAUUAAGUAGCGAGACGUUCGCUAUGGCAGGGGCCCCGUGAGGUUAAGAAGAGAGUUGGUCUUUUGGAAGGUCAGUAAAUGCCAAAAUAUGUCCGCAGAAUUCCCUUUCGCGACGAAGAUAGUAAGUCCCUUAAAAUGCAUUGAAAAGCCAUGGGAUUUGUGGGUUAGCGAAAUUGGACACCUGUCUCCUCGCCGCGAUGACGACGCCAUGGGCUUCCCGUCAUCGGCGACGGAUAGUCGGGGCCAUGCCGUGGUCAGGCGCCCACACGAAGUUCAUCCAUACAAAUCCACGGAGAGGAUUCAGAAAGUUUAUCGACGAGCCGGAGUCAAUCGUCUUCAAUACGAGAGCAUGAGUCUCCAUGGUCUUUUCCCACAAAUGGAUAAUCUUAACGCGGCUGUGUGUCAUAUGUGUGGAAUCACAGUGAAGUGUAGUGCAGCAUACAGACAUUUAUUAGAGUCCCAUACCGGUGCAGAACCAAUACUCCCACCUCCUCCUCCCACCGUAAAGCUAAAAUCCAAUUUAAGUAGAAGCCGUCUUAAAAAAGAUCCUUUGCCUCCUCUUCCUGUAGACAUUCAUCCAAUAAAGUUGGAAACUUCUCCUGUUCAUACAGCUGCAGCUCCUAUCUCAAGGAUAGUUUUGCCACAACCUGAUUUACAAUACUUGGAGGAAGCAAGCACUUCCUCAGCAAUAACAGGGGAAGUACAAGUAAGCAUGGAGAGUGGCGAGUUACCAGUUGUGAGUAUACAGGACACUGAAGAAUUACCUCUUGGUGAAAAUAUCACAGAUGACAUUUUUGCAAUAAUGAACUCUGAAGGAAUUCAGAGUGCAGAUGACAUCACAAAUGCCGCUGAUUGGAAAAAUAUAAUCAGGGAUAUAGGAAAUAUGCAAGAAAUAAAUUUUCCAUCUACUGCAGAUUCUAUACAAUCACAAGACUUAUAUUCAACAGUUGAUACCUCAUUCUCCAAUUACACUUUAGCUGACUCAGAUUUAUCUAAUUUGCAAUUCCCUCCCAAUGCAUCACCCUUGCUGUCAACUGUGAUAGACAAUAAUGUACUCAAUGCUCAAGCUUUAAAACAGACGCCUACCACGCCGUCCACGAAAACAUCACGAAAGUCAAGUAAAACGAAAGCAAACAAUCAGAGAGAAUACGACCCGAACAAGCAUUGUGGGGUCGUGACAGCGGAGAACCCAAAGCCUUGCACGAGGUCACUGACGUGUAAGGCGCACGCGUUGUCCUUGCGACGCACAGUCGAUGGCCGAUCUAAGCCUUUUGACACACUGCUAGCCGAGCACCGAGCAUCGCGAGAAGCUGCCGCCGUUGGAGCACCACUCGCCUCUCCCGCCUCGCUCCCACCACUCCUAGUCAAUAGUUCGCUGGACCUCGGCAGUUUUAACGGACUGACCGCCGAGCAACAAGUCAACGACAUAUACGCGAGCUUGCUGAGCGUAGAGGAUCCCAUGCUGCCCGACACCUCCGGUAUCACGUCUCUCUUGAGUCAGCCACUGUCGGACCCCUUCCUAUUGCCGGACGACGCGGAGCCCGCGCCGGACGCAACUCCUCUCGUACCGCACCGCACGCGCGAGAUCCCUCCCGUCCCAGCUACGUCCACCGCCUCCAGCUCCGCUCCAUCGCUUGUUCCGGGCGACGUUUGUUGGUACGCCACCAGCCCUCGGCCACUCGCAUUGUGUACAUUCAACACAUCGCACGCGGGCGGUGUCAUUACACUGGGAAAGAAAUUCGCAACCGUUCGGAAUAACAUAAAAACGUCGCUCUCGCGGUCAAGCAAGGCCACAUGUGCCUCUAAUAACUAUUACGCACAGGGUAUGUCACUUUCGAAGACCCUGCAUAUGAACAACGCCAACAAGACGAACAAACCCGAGGUUCGAAAGUUGAUAGUGACGUGUAGUGCGCCCGGUGUUCAGAGGGAAAUGCAACAGACUUUGAGUGAUCUCUUUGGACCAGAUGUGAGACAUACACUGAACGGUCACAUGGGCCACCCUAGCCACAUCGGAUUAGGUAGGAGCACGCGAACAACGCUAAAGAGCGCCAAGCGAGCCUCAGUUGCCGCGCUCGAUCUUGGCUUCCCUCUUGACCCAUUGCUAGCCGACGAGAAGUGUUGAACUGUUUCGUGAAUUGUAUAUUUAUUUUUCUCCUGAGUCGGAUGCGCAUUGUAAAUGUUGAUUGAUACGAAUUUUUUCCGGAACGGAAUUUAAAAGUUGCGAUAGUGAUAUAAAUCUCAAAUUUUGUCAAGAGGAACUAAUGUUUGUAUUAUUUUGUAUAUUAUUUAUAAGAUUUUUUUAAUUGCCGAAUUGAAUGUCGGCCAUCGACGGAGAAAUAAUAGAUUAUGCUGAAUGGUUGUAUUUUUUCGUAUGACAUAACUCAUUGUUGAUACUGAAAUUAAUACUGAGAAAUGGCCUAGGUAUACUGUUUAUUGUGAUGAAAAUUUCCAUGUAAAAAUAUAAAUACAAAUAAAAUAAGUCAAAUUCGUAAUAGUAAAUCGCCUCCUUUUAAAAAUACCUCAAUGACUAAAACAACUUGUUUUAAUUUACACAGUCACCUACAUAUAUUUGUGAAAGUCACAAACGUUAGGGACACAACUGUACCUAUUAUUUACAAGAUAUCUUCCACAGUUUCGGUCGAGCAAAUUAUUUAUUAUACCUUCAUUCAUUUUAUUAAUGGUAGUCCAAUAGUACGGGGCAAAUAAGUUCAUGAGAUUCAAAAAGUUUGGGUGUUUGAUAUUUAUGAAGGUUUUUAAUAUUUAGAUAACAAAAAAAAAAAUUUUUCUUUAUUGUUAACUUUUGAUUUGUGCUAUGAAACCCAAAAUAUGAAAUGAGAAAGAUACAUUGUUACCCUUAAAUACUCUUCCACCAUCUCGGUACAACACAGCCAAAGAUUACCUCAAACAAACGGAGAGACAAACAAGGAAAAAUUUUAAGUUAUGUAUGUCCUAGUGUCAUAUAAAUAUUUUUAUAAACACUUCAGUAUGUAAAGUGGUCUUGGAAUCAUAGGUACACUGUCAAAUUUAUUUUUUUAUAAAUAUGGCUGGGGUAAUUGUGUAACCAAAUACUUUUUGAACACAGACAUUUAAAACUUUUUAUACUUUUAACAUAUAGUUAUUGAACAAACAACCAACAAAGCAGUUUAAAUAGGAGACUAUAAUUUAUAUUAACAAAGAUCAAAAAAGUACUAAAUAACAUGUAAUAUUGAGCCCUGAAAAAAAUAUUUGCCAAGUUAUCAUUCUGGUUUGUGACUUUUAAAGUGUUCAAAGUAAUUGUUAUUUCCGAUAUAAAAGCAGGCAAAUAAUAAUUAGAGGAGAUUAAGAAUUAAUCAUAGUACAAUAUGGUAUGUUUUUAUAAGAGAUUUUAUUAUAACUCUAACAAGACAACGAAUAGCUUUGAAACCUCUAUAAGAUAGAAAAACCGCAUGUUUUUAAUUAUAUUUUAAAAUCGGACAAUAAAAUCCAAAAAUAUUUUUUAGUAAAUCUACAUCCAAUAAUAAAUCUUAAUUUUAACGCAAUGUAAUUCAUUAUGUGUUUGAUUUUUUUGCUUACAUUCUGUAUUUUACACUAGAGUGAUAACAUUUUUCCCUUGUUUCAUGGGAAACAAAUAUCCAAAAAAAUACAUUCUGUCCAUUAAACUAUACAAAAAAUAAUUGCUGAAAAACGUUAUGAAUUCGGAUAAUUUUGAAACUUUUAAUAAGUAUGAUUUGAUGUGCUUGGGCUAUAGAUCCCAUCCUCUGCUUUAAGCUUGUAAAUUUUGUGAUUUUAACUCAUUAAGAUUAUUAGAAAAUCUUGUAUAAAGUAAUUUCCUUUUCUUAGUAUUGGUACUAAUACAUCAAGGACAUGGAAGGUGGUAAAUAAUUUGAUAAUAAAGUAUUUAAUGUAUGAACAAAACAAUGGUACACGUCUGUUCUAAGACAGUGAUAAUUCAAUGUAA